AUGGCCACAAGCCGAAGUAGCGAAGAAGCCUGGCUGCCCAGUCUUCUGUCCACACAGCAGACCACCCUCCUGCUCCUCUUCUCCGUGCUAGCCGUGGUCCACUUGGGCCAGUGGCUCCUACGGCGUUUCCGUCGAACCCCAUGGGCCAGCUGCCGCCCCCCUGGUCCAUUCCAGUGGCCCCUGAUCGGAAACGCGGUUGAGGUGGGUAGCAUCCCUCAUCUAUACUUCACUCGCUUGGCCCGCCGCUACGGUGACGUUUUCCAGAUCCGUUUGGGCAACUGCCCGGUAGUGGUGCUGAAUGGCGAGCGCGCCAUACGCCAGGCCUUGCUACAACAGGGAUCUGCCUUCGCUAGCCGCCCACCGUUCGCCUCCUUCCAGGUGGUGUCCAAUGGUCGCAGCCUGGCUUUCAGCAAAUAUUCGGAGCUCUGGAAGGUGCAGCGGCGGUUGGCGCACGGCACAGUGCGCGCUUUCUCCACCGGACAAGUCCGCAGCCGCCGGGUCUUGGAGCAGCACGUGCUGAGCGAGACCCGGGAGCUGGUGGAGUUGCUGGUGCAAGGCAGCGCCGGGGGUGCCUUCCUGAAUCCCGGGCCCCUCACCGUGGUGGCUGUGGCCAACGUGAUGAGUGCUGUGUGCUUCGGCUGCCGCUACAGCCACAGCGACGAAGAGUUCCGUGGGCUGCUGAGCCACAAUGAGCGCUUCGGGAGCACGGUGGGGGCUGGCAGCCUGGUGGAUGUGCUGCCCUGGCUUCAGCGCUUCCCUAACCCCGUGCGCACCGCUUACCGCGACUUCCAGAAGCUUAACCAUGACUUCUACAGCUUCGUUCUGGACAAGUUCCUGAAGCAUAAGAGCAGCCUGCAGCCUGGAGCCCCACCCCGGGACAUGAUGGACGCCUUCAUCCACACAGUGGGGAAGGAAGAGGAGAGCCCUGGAGAAGUAAAGCCUGGGCUGCGCCUGGACACAGAAUACGUGCCAGCCACAGUUACGGAUAUUUUCGGGGCCAGUCAGGACACGCUUUCCACUGCACUACAGUGGCUUCUCAUCUUAUUCAUAAGAUAUCCUAAAGUGCAGGCCCAGGUACAGGAAGAAUUGGAUAGAGUGGUGGGCCGUGAUCGAUUGCCCUCCUUGGAUGAUCAGCCUCAUCUUCCUUAUGUCAUGGCUUUUCUGUAUGAAGCCAUGCGCUUCAGUAGCUUUGUGCCCGUUACCAUCCCACACGCCACCACCACUGACACCUCAGUCAUGGGCUAUCAUAUUCCCAAAGAUACUGUGGUAUUUAUCAACCAAUGGUCAGUUAAUCAUGACCCAGAGAAGUGGCAGAACCCAGAAGACUUCAAUCCUGCCCGAUUCCUGGACAAGAAAGGAUUCAUUGACAAAGACUUGGCUAGUGGGGUCAUGAUUUUCUCCAUCGGCAAACGUAGGUGUAUUGGGGAAGAGCUGUCCAAAAUACAGCUGUUUCUCUUCAUUGCCAUUCUAGCACACCAGUGCAAUUUCCUUGCCAAUCCAGAUGAGGACCCAGAAAUGAGUUUUAGUUAUGGGCUAACCAUUAAACCACAGUCAUUCACAAUUAAUGUCACAUUGAGAGAAUCUAUGGAGCUACUUGAUAGUGCCGUUCAAAGACUACAAGAGGAAAACAACCAGUGAGUAGCUAGCAGAAGGGUGAUGAACUCAAAGUUGAAAAAACAAAUGAGUCUAACAGUCUCUGUUAGUCUCUUUCUGCCAUCACCAUGUGCUCCUGUGAACCUUUUUGAUGGGAAGCCACCAACAAGUAUUUCUUCAGUGCCUGAAAUGUGGUUCACCAUAGAAGUGGAUUCUGGUGAGCCAAUGUAUUUGACAGAGUAGCUCGUGAAACUACAAGUUACUUGCAAGAUUUUAUGGUUAGAGAAUAAAGGGGAUGGAAAAGCUUUUAGAAAUAUAUUAUAGCCUCACUAUAACAUUGUUCUUGGGGACUAUUUGAUGAAACCUUUUAUAAUAAAAAAUAAAAAAAAAACCCAAACCUCCUUUUGGUAUUAGUAAUGUUAUACACCUUGGGUAGGUUCCCAAGAGGCAUCUGCUCGGAAUUCUGUUGUGGAGCAAACAACAAUACAGCAGAGUCCUGGGGUAUAUUAUUGAACAUUCAAAACCAAAUAUAGAAGUUUGAAGGUAAAAGAAGAGAAUGAGGCCAAAAAGGAGACUGUUCAUUUACUCUUCAUCUCAAAGAAGGCAUUAAAGAUUUCUGUCUAAAU